AUGGGGGACCGAUCUCAGGACACGAACGCAGGCGUGAGUGGAAGGGCCAACCGGGUAAAUACCAGAUCGCAAGCAGCAGCAAUCGCAUCACCGCCGGGAUCCAAGACCCCACCGACCAUGCCCGCCAAGAGAACCAUCUUCUAUCCGGAUAACCUGGGUAACCGCCCACGAGCGGCGGAGGGAGCAGAGCCCGUCGAUGCUUCAGCGCUGGCGAAGGCUCUAAAGGAUUACGGCGAGGCGGGCACUCGAAGAGAAAGGACACCGGGUACAAGUCCCCACCGAAAGAGGCAGCGGGUUUAUGGUGACCGGUUUAUUCCCAACCGCGACGGCCAGGACUUGCAGGCAACUUACAGUCUGCUGCACGAGGAUGGCUGCCCUUCAACUCCUUCCAAGUCAAAGAGGCGCGCUCCUCACUCAGAGCUUCAUUUCCAGAAGACCGAGGAAGCGAACCGGACCUUUUCUCGUGUCCUGCGUAGUGAACUGUUCGGCAACACUGUUCCUCAGCCCGAUCUCAACUCAGCAUCGCCCGACCCAUUACUCGGUUUUUCCAAUGGCAUUAACGACAAAACCCGAUCACAUACACCACCUGCCCAUGUCGUGGCUAAUCUUCCACCCGCUAGCAUUACACCUUCAACCCCACACAAGAACCUCUUUAACUACGGGCCCACAAGACCGGGAUCCGGCCAUCCCACUCCCUCGAAAACUCCCAGAAGCCACCACGGACCAAACCUUAAUGUCCGAUCAGAACUCUACAGUCUUUCGCCUAUAAGAUAUGACAGUCAACGCAUUCUCGAAACACCCCGCAAGCAGCCCCGCUAUGUCAACAAGGUACCCUACAAAGUUCUAGAUGCUCCCGAUUUACAAGAUGACUUCUACUUGAACUUGGUGGAUUGGGGCAGCAGCAAUGUGCUUGGCGUCGGCUUGGCCAACUCAGUCUACAUGUGGAACUCCCAGUCUGGCCGCGUGACCAAAUUAUGUGAGCUCAAGGAUGAUACAGUGACCAGUGUAAACUGGAUUCAGAGGGGCACACAUCUAGCUAUUGGCACUGGGAAAGGUCUAGUACAGAUCUGGGAUGCCGAACACUGUCGACGGCUCCGAACAAUGAUCGGUCAUACGAACCGUGUCGGUGCUUUGGCGUGGAACGAUCACAUCCUGACAUCAGGAUCCCGAGAUCGAUUGAUUUACCACCGUGAUGUCCGCUCACCUGACCAAUACCUCCGCAAGUUAUCCGGUCACAAGCAAGAAGUCUGCGGAUUGAAAUGGAACACUGAAGAUGGCCAGUUGGCAUCCGGUGGAAAUGACAACAAGCUGAUGGUGUGGGACAAGCUGAACGAGACGCCCCUCUACCGCUUUUCGGAUCACUGCGCAGCAGUCAAGGCCAUUGCAUGGUCACCUCAUCAACACCACCUUCUCGCUUCGGGCGGUGGUACAGCGGAUCGCACAAUCAAGUUCUGGAAUACAUCAACCGGCUCCCUGAUCAAGGAAGUGGACACGGGCAGCCAGGUUUGCAACCUUUCUUGGUCCAAAAAUUCGGACGAGAUCAUCAGUACCCAUGGAUACAGCCAAAACCAGAUCGUCAUCUGGAAGUACCCGCGCAUGGAACAGAUCGUCUCUCUAACUGGCCACACUUUCCGUGUUCUAUACCUGGCAAUGAGCCCGGACGGUCAGACCGUGGUAACCGGAGCUGGCGAUGAAACCCUCAGAUUCUGGAAGAUCUUCGACAAGCGAGCUACAAGAGACUCGCGGCGCGAGGGUAGCAAGCUUGCAGAAUGGGGCACCAUCCGUUAG